AAAUUUCUUUUUAAAGCUAUCGGUUAAGCGGGAAUAGGGGAUCCUUAUCGCCGCUAUUUUCUGUUACAUUGUUAUUUGCGGCAGCCAUUCACUGCGAUUGAUUUGAACUUUGUUUAUAUCGCUGCGCCACCGCUAUUUGGACCCCUGAUUUUGAUUGAUAUUAUUUUGAUUCCAUUACUAAAUUCUGAUUAAUGGGUUCUUUUAAAAGUUUUUAACACCUAUUAGCAGGAGCCAGGAGCUAUGAUUCGAUUGUUUAAAGUAAAAGAAAAGCAGAGAGAAACUGCUGAAAAUGCAAAGGAUGAAGCCGUCAGGAGAAAGCAAACUGCGGGCGAGUUGCGUUUACACAAAGACAUUUCUGAGCUGAACCUACCCCAAUCCUGUGGCAUAGCAUUUCCUAAUGGAAAGGAUGACCUGAUGAACUUCGAGGUUUCGAUACGACCUGAUGAAGGAUAUUAUCACGGUGGCACAUUUUUGUUCUCCUUCAAGGUUUCUCCCAUCUAUCCACAUGAGGCACCCAAAGUUAAGUGCAAGACAACGAUCUACCAUCCAAAUAUUGACUUGGAAGGAAAUGUUUGCCUUAACAUCUUACGUGAAGACUGGAAGCCCGUGCUUAAUAUAAACACAGUAAUCUAUGGACUAUAUCAUCUGUUUACGGAACCAAAUUACGAGGAUCCUCUAAAUCAUGAUGCUGCUCAAGUGUUGAGGGAUGAUCCAAAGUUGUUCGAGUCUAACGUGAGAUGGGCUAUGAAGGGUUGCCGUAUCGGAGACACCUUUUACUCACAGUGUAUCUAGCUUUUGCGAGUGUAACCAGGAAACCGCAUGUGCUUGUUCUAUCUGGAAUUGGACUUCGUCUUUGCAGCUCUCCUUUUAAUUACAAUAUUCGAAAAACCUUUACUUAUAGCUUUGUAAUUGUGUAUCUUUGCCCUGCACCCCUACCUUUAUUUGAAAAUACCCAAGAUUCGUGUGGUUUUCACACAAGGGCUUCUCUCCUUCUAUAUUAUAAUAACUUGCGUCCUUUGUUUCAACACAA